UGUUGAUAUCCUGCUUUGCUAGUAUUCAUUUAGACUUUGGUGUUUUCAAAGCCAACAUUUACCCCCAGUUCAUGGGUUUUAUUUGCGUCUGGCAGCACAGUUAACUAGAAUAUUAUCUAUAUGAAGGGCUGAUGGAAGACACAAGGGAUUUGUCAUUUGCUUGAUUGUAAAGGCGGAACGCACCCCACGUUCAGAGCGUAAGCGGAGAGACUCGUUCGGGAUGUUUGAUGGCUACGACAGCUGCAGCGAGGAGUCUACCAGCAGCUCCAGCUCCGAGGACAGCGAGGAUGAGGUGGUGCCCUCCAUCCCUGCCAGCCUGCCCAUCAUCAAGAACAAUGGUCAGGUCUACACCUACCCUGACGGCAAGGCUGGAAUGGCCACUUGUGAGAUGUGUGGGAUGGUCGGAGUACGAGAUGCUUUUUACUCCAAAACCAAGCGCUUCUGCAGUGUGUCCUGUUCUAGGAGUUAUUCCUCAAAUUCCAAAAAAGCUAGUAUCUUGGCAAGACUCCAGGGCAAACCUCCAACAAAAAAGGCGAAAGUCUUACAGAAACAGCCUCUCAUGGCAAAGUUGGCUGCUUACGCCCAGUACCAAGCAAGCCAGCAGAACCAGCCCAAAUCAAAAGCAGUGGUCCCUGCAGAGAGCUUUGACUGGGGUCGGUAUAUCUGUAGCAAUAACACGAUUGGAGCUCCAGUCAGCUGUUUCAAGCAUGCCCCUAUGGGGACAUGCUGGGGAAACAUAGAGGAAGGAGUGAGAAUUGAAGUGCUCAACUCUGAUACCAACCUCUCCACUAAGGUGUACUGGAUAGCAGAAAUCAUUAAGCUAGCAGGGUUCAAGGCUCUCCUGCGGUACGAGGGCUUUGACAACGACACCAGUAAGGACUUCUGGUGUGAUCUCUGCGUCCCCGAGGUGCACCCGGUGGGAUGGUGCGCUUCAAGCAGCAAACCCCUCGUACCUCCAAAAAGCAUACAGCAUAAGUACUCUAACUGGAAAGCCUUUCUUGUGAAGCGUCUCACUGGAGCUAAAACACUGCCACCUGACUUUAAUGCCAAGGUACACGAGAACAUGCAGUUCCCCUUUAAGAAGCUGAUGCGGGUGGAGGUGGUGGAUAAGAACUACCUGUGCCGGACACGGGUGGCGCUGGUGGAGCAGGUCAUCGGAGGUCGCCUCAGGCUCGUCUACGAGGAGAGCCAGGACGGGUCGGAUGACUUCUGGUGCCACAUGUUCAGCCCCCUCAUCCAUAAUAUAGGAUGGUCGCGCAGCAUCGGACACCGCUUCAAACGAUCUGAUGUCACAAAGAAAAUGGAGGGUCAAGUUGAUGCUCCUCCACCGUUCUUCCAGAAGGUGAAAGAUGUGGACCAGAGUGGGGAUUGGUUCAAAGAUGGGAUGAAGUUAGAAGCCAUUGACCCCCUCAACCUCUCAGCUAUAUGUGUAGCCACUGUAAGAAAGGUGUUAGCAGACGGGUACCUCAUGAUCGGGAUCGAUGGUUCGGAGGCGGUGGAUGGAUCAGACUGGUUCUGCUACCACGGCAACUCCCCCUCCAUCUACCCUGUCGGCUUCUGUGAAAUCAACAACAUUGAACUCACGCCCCCUAGAGGGUACACUAAACUGCCAUUUAAAUGGUUUGACUACCUCAGAGAAACAGGCUCAAUAGCUGCUCCUGUCAAGCUCUUUAACAAGGAGGUUCCCAAUCACGGUUUCCGGCAAGGCAUGAAGCUGGAGGCUGUCGAUCUAAUGGAGCCGCGGCUGGUGUGCGUUGCCACGGUGACGAGGAUUGUGCACCGGCUACUGAGGAUCCACUUUGACGGCUGGGAGGACGAGUACGACCAGUGGGUGGACUGCGAGUCGCCUGACCUCUACCCUGUGGGCUGGUGUCAGCUGACGGGAUACCAGCUCCAACCCCCCGCCUCACAGAGUAACAGAGAAAUGCCUCAGUCCGUACCCAAGCAGAAGAAAAAGGCCCAGCAGUACAAAGGCCAAAAGAAAAAGAGGAAGAUUCCGGUUGGUCGACGACCCUUCAGUCAGGCAGGCAGGAGGAGGAGCAGCUUCUCCGGGGACGAAGAGCAGAGUCCGCCCCCUUACCCUGCCCAGGGGCCCUCUCGGCCCCGACCCCGAACCCACCUCCACCAAACCCACAAAUCAGAGUCCCUCCUGCGAAUGAAGGAGGAGACGGCCGAGGUGGACGAGUUCACCUUCUCGCAGGGCACCUCCGACCAGGAGAGCAACGGCUCGGGCAGCUACUACAUCAAACAGGAGCCCUGAGGUCAGGACGGACAGCGGGACGAACCGGGACAGGACGCACACCUCUGGAUCUGGAUCAGGAGCGCGGAGAGAGUCAAAACUAAGCCUCGAAAUCACACUCAGACCAACGCCGCAGGCCUUUUCUAUGGAGUCAGUACAGGAGAUGCCGACGACCAGGAGAAGAAGAGGGGUCAUGCUUCUGAAAAACCCUGAAGGGAAACAUCCCUCUGACCAUUUUCUAACCUUGUAGCUGUGUGUGCACAUAAUCACUCACCAAAACCUGGGUCACAUAUGUUCGGGCAUUCUCUUUUCGUACCACCUAACGGAUGACGUGACAUCAUUCUCUCCUCUCCUUGUCUGAAGCAGACAAAGAGAUAUUCGGAUGGAUUAAAAAAAACUAAAUUUUUUCCGCAGAUAUGGGAGUCCUGCAAGUCGACACCAGCCCCACCCUGCCUCUGCCACAAUCUGGGCCGCGCACAGAGACCUGUAGAAACUGUGAUAACCAUUUAUUGAGCCAGGUCUUUUUUUUUUUUUUUUUUUUUUUGUUGUGUUGUUGUUUUCAGGUCAGAGAGUCAGCCACUGAACGGCCUGAAGAGAGAAGAGAGGCUGGCAGUAAGAGGAACAGAGUUGUGUAUAUUUUGAUUAUUUUUCUUCUGAACAAUAUUGCCAGCUGGACUUAUACUUUGUUAAUAGUACUUGAAGUUUUUUGUUUUUUUCUCUCAUUUUGUAAUGAUUUUUGGAGUUGUUUUUUUUUUUUGUCUUAAUGUACUUAUUUUGCAUUUACAUUUUUGGUGGCUGUGUGGGAAACUUAAUGUGCAUUGUUUCAUAAAAGUGAUUAUAUUCAUAUAGUAUGUGGAGACCUAUUCAAAUAGAACUACAGAGUAUAGAUAUAAAGGAUUGUGAUUUGAAGAGAGAUCUUAGUACAGUGCUGCUCAGCAUUACAGAUAUUGGUCUUUUUUUUUUAUUUUAUUAUGUUUCUUCCGAUAUUGGCCAGAAGAUUUCCACAGCUGCAGUCAUUUCUGAUUCAACCGUUACAAAAACCAAAAUCUGAUUCAUGUUUUGACAAUAUCAUUCAUGAUGCUGCAAAAACGGCUGAAACUAAUUGUUUAUUUGUUGAUUAGUACUUUGAGAAAUGCCCAUAACAAUUUAAACAUUUCAGACAGCUGUGAGGUGACAUUUAACAUUUCUCUCUAUACAUCAGACCGGCAUUACAUCACCCAGAGUAGACUCACGUGACCACACCCCCUUUUUGGGGGAAAACAAUCCCUCAUAGACAGUAACAGAGUAAAGAGAAGAAGACGUAACAUGUCUCCAAACUUCUACUUUAAACCAACCGGUAAUAGUAAUAACGCUGUGCUGAAGAGUGGUUGUGUAGUUGGUUGCACCAACAAUAAAUCCCAAAAACGCUGAUUUGUUCCCCUGCCAUGUCCUAAAAAAGAUACAAUAGAGGGGCUUUAUGGCUCCAAGCUAUAGACCAGACCAGCGUGGCGUCAUCUCCAAGGCUGCGCUCUCUUUUGGAGGAAAAGAAACUCAAUGUCACUGUGACUAGUGACUAGCAUCGCUACCCAACGUUAGUUUGAGUGGGAGGCUGCUGCAGUAAUACAGUCAGACAUUAACGUUAUAGCAGCAUCAGACUGUCGUCUCCAGUUGGUUAUUAACACGUUGGUUAUUUACAGACAACACUUAGCCUAACGGGAUUCAAUCAAAUAUGUAGAGAUGUCUGGAUAAGCAAUAUCCGGCCACUGCGUUGGACGGGGGUAGACUGAAGGGACAUGGCGGCGAUCAACCUUUAUUAGGUAUCAGGAACCCUCAGGUUACAGGCAAGAUCGCAAAAUCAUUAUUAGACGUUUAUAAACGAAUUGUUUUUAUAACAAGAGAUGAAUGCAUACAAACUUGUCAAGAUUACAAUCCAAACAUACUUCAAAAUGCAUUGAAGUCUAUGGGAUCUUCAGUUUUCUAUCCCUCAAAAGGAGGCGCAGCCUUGACUUUUUUGAGAAGUUGCCGUAUGUGCCGUUCUGAUGUAUUGUAGAACCUAUUUGCUGUUAUAGUAAAUUGAAAUGGACACGCUGCAGCGUUAAAUACUAAUCCACCGUUACCAUUGUUUUAUUCAAUUGCCGAAAUACUCUCGGGACAUUCCACUGGGCUUUCACUACUUUCUCUCAGCUAUAGUACGGGGGUAUUGUGGGGGAAUAUCUGGUUUUUGUUACGACUACUUUUUUUUUGUCCACAUUUGGAGCUGUAUUACUCCACAAAUCUUUCAUUUUACUGUCCAGCUUGUAAACCUGCCUGUAGAUAACAUUAGCUAGUUUAAUCAGGAGAUUGCAUAUUUAAUGAGGUGACCGCGUCAGCUUUAAUGUGGAGUUUUUAGUAGGGACCUAUCACAGUAACCAGAACUCCCAUGAUACCACUAACUAGCUGUAGCGAGAAUUCGACAGCGCCAAUGAGCCCAGGAGAAAACAAUUGUUUUCCUAUGUUUAAAAAAAAAAAAAAAAAAGCCUUUGCAGAAAUGUCAUUGUGAAUAUUUCGGUGUCUUUGUAAUGUUGAACAGAAAUGACGAAGCUGUGGAGAUGAAAAGCUUUUUUUUUCCAUUUUAAAAAAAAAAAAUCAUCAAGAAAUACUAAAUGAGAAACAAGUUAGCAUAGUGUGACUGUAAGUGAGCUGCAGGGUAUGUUGUAUAAAAGA